UUCGCAGCAGUUCAUAUGCCGCUCCGGGGCGGCGGUAAAGCGCCUGAAAGAACGUUACCACCACCAUUCAAGCGAAAAGAAGAAGAGAGGCGAAGCGCGAACAUGGCAGCAGAGGAAAGUGUAAACGUCGACCUGGUCAAUGUCGAGAAGGUUGUUAACCGCUGGAUAGUGGACUACUACUUUUCUCUGGCGGUGGAGUUCUUCAAAACUCAUCAAUAUGCGGACUUCUGUGUUUCUAGGGCCAUACUGGACGAAAUCAUUAAACGUCCAAUAGAACCCAUUGAUGAUAUGGCCAUUAAGGUCAGGGUGUUGCAGUUCCUUUCACGCAUAAAUGAAGGCGAAAAACUAAAUGUGGAGUUUGGUCCCGAACAUUCAAAAACUCCUCUGGAAUCAGCCCUACAUUUGCUGGAAAGCAUGAGGACAGAUUUCCAAAUUCCCCAAAAGGAUUUUGACUAUGCAUCCACAUUACUGAAAGAGAUGAUCCUGGGAAUUUUCAUAAAGAAUGGAAAAUUUAAUAAAGCAAAUAAUGCACUCAUUCUGUACUUUCCCAAACCAGGGAAUUGCAAGAGGGCCAUAUUCAUGCAUCUCAUCGAUCAGGGGAGCAACACGCACGAGCUCAUCAACCAAAUCAACUUUCCACAGUUUAAGAAGAAGAUGCUGGAUUUUUGCCAGAAGCUCUGCCUCUUUACUGUCCCAUUUCUUCAAAAGGCAGCAAAAACCCUUCUUGAGCAAAGAAUUGAGGAGCAACAAGAUGGAGCAGGUAGGAUUGAUGAGCAAGAUGAACCCGGUCCGUCCUCCAGCCUACAAAUAAACACCGUCCAGUUCAGAUCAGAAAUGUACCCUUUUAUCCAGAAGAUCAGACUUUCGGUAACCUACGAAGCCCUGGCUGAGGGUUUGGAAGAAAAAACAUUUUCUGCAGUGGAGGAAGAGGUGGAGGUAGAAGCCCAGGAAAAUGAGUGCAUUUGCAUGCAGCACUCAGUUGAUCCCAUCAGAGGCACUAAUCAGAGGUCAAAACAAGAAGCACUGUUUCAGAGAGACUCAUGCAGCCCUAUGGAAGCUUCCCCAGCAGACCAGCCACCACAGACAGACGCAGAACCUCGAGCACAGUCGGGGUCGUGCUCAAAGACACUCUACACUGUGGCCCGGUUGGUGGUGGAACCAGACAGCCAGCCGUGCUCCCAGUGCACAACAGCUGCAGAGGAGAUGGAAACUGAGAGAAGAACAGAAAAGCCUCCACGGACGCCAUCUCCAUCAUCAUCUAAAGAGGAAAACAGCCUGCAGUGCCCAGUUACAGACAAAGAAGUUGUGAUACCCACAAGAAAGCUCCCCAGGCGAUGCAACAGAACAGUGAGCAGAGCUUCAACUAGUUUUGCUGAAUUCUCUUCAGACAGUGAGGAGGAAUCCCUUCACACUACUACAAAUAAGGAACUGGACAAAAAGCUCCAUGACCAGUCAAAGAAAUCAUUGAGCAAAAACUCCAACAAAUCCAGAGCGUCAUCAGAAAGCGAGGAGGAGCAACAGGAGCACUUGAACCUCUUCAAAACUCCAGUGAAGAGACCUCACAAACAGCCAUCCAGGGGUUCUCCAAAAUGUGGCCCAAGCAGUGUAGAAGAUAUUUGUUUAACAGACUCUUCGUUGGACUGCUCCCCUGAUGCGUCCUCUCAUCACCCUAUCCCUCAGAAGAGCUCUACUCCUCACAAAACUGCUCAAAGCAAGGCUGGCCCCAAUAAAGAAGUGAAAGAAAGAGCCAAACAUGCAACGGAGGUGAAGGAAACAUGGAUUGAUGAAGACUCUUUUUUCCCCUCCGUAAGGAACAGAGUUAGAGGAUCAAAUGAAAGAACAAUCUCAAACUCAGGAGCAACAAAGAGGAAGUGGACUGAGAGUGAGACGGAGAAGUUAAAAGAAGGGGUCAAGAUGUUCGGAGAGGGAAACUGGAGCAAGAUAAAGGCUUAUUUCUGCUUUAAAGAUCGAACCAAUGUGAACCUGAAGGACCGAUGGAGGACGAUGAAAAAACAAAACUUGGUUUAAGUUUAUUUUGUUUAGCUAAUUUUCAAAAUGGACACUUGUUCUUUACUUAAUUCAAAGCUAUUUUCAGUUUAGAAAACUGUUAAAAACUGUUCAUUAAAUCAGAAAUGGCUGGUUCAAAGAUGAGUUUUCUCUCUAGCAACAAGAAAGUUGUAGCAGGAAUUGAUUUAUUUCUUGUUGACUUGUGGGUCAUCCAUGCUCAACCAGAACUGUUUUUAAGGACUGUUGGAAAAGACCUGCACACAGCACAGCCUUGUGUUUAAAUACAUUUUGGUUUCCACAUAAAAGCAGCAAUUGCAUAAAA